AUGACCUGCGGACAAUCUAAGGGCUUUUUCCUGCUGAUUUUCUGUCUUUUCCACGAGUCUGAGCAAAGCUGCCCGUCGGUGUGCUUAUGUAUAUCCGACACGGUCAGCUGUAGCUCGAGCGGCCUGGUAAGGCUACCGUGGUCUUUGCCCUCCUUCUCGGUCACUCUGGACCUCAGCCACAACUACCUGACAUGGCUGGGUCCGAGAAGCUUCAGCUCACUGCCCAGGCUGGAAAACCUCUGGAUGGCCCACAAUCAGAUCAGCACCCUGAGCUACGAUGUGUUCAAAAACCUCUCUGGUUUGAGGCACCUCGACCUGUCCUCCAACAAACUGGAGGUGUUGAAGCAGUACUACUUCCAGGGGCUUUGGAGGCUGGAGGAGCUCCGUCUUUUCAACAAUAAGAUUGCGCAGGUGGAGGCAGGCGCAUUGAGCCACAUGAGCAGCUUGAAAAAGGUCUACAUCAGCUUCAACCAGAUCACAUACUUCCCUUUCUUCUCCAUCCAAGAGCACAGCCAUCCGUUCCUCGUCAUGUUGGACCUCUCGUCCAACCGCCUGACCCGUCUGCCGUGGGAAGAUGUGAAAGCCUUGCCCGGGCUGGUGCAGCGGGGGCUGUAUCUCCACAACAACUCGCUGCUCUGCGAUUGCACCAUGUACAGCCUGUUCUGGCACUGGAAUCUAAGGGGUUACAACUCCGUUAAGGACUUCACCAACGAGCACACCUGUAACAUCCACGGGGACCCGCGAGCGUCCAUCAAGUUCCUACAUCACAGCCGCUUCUUUCUCAACUGCACCGUGGAAAAAGCGGUCACGCAGCCUGUGACAGUUCUUCUCUCCAGCAUGGUUGUUUUGGAAGGAGACAAGAUACGCCUGGACUGCCAAACCACACUGAGUGGUGCAGAGCUCUCAUUUACAUGGCUCUCUCCGAGCAGGGGUUUUCUCGCCCCAGCUAGCGGGAACGGAACGCUAAUUAGCGUGUUUUCUAACGGUACCUUACAGAUUGAAGCAACUUCAGUCAAUGACUCAGGUCUGUAUCAGUGUACAGCCGUGGAUUCCAAACGGGGACUGAAUGCGACUCGGGAGGUGAACGUGAGUGUUCUGCUGCCCGCAGCAGGGUCAUUCAACACCGGCUACACAACACUGCUCGGAUGUAUAGUGACUUUGAUCCUGAUCCUGGUGUACGUUUUCCUGACUCCAUGUCGCUGCCGCCAUUGUAAAGAGCCCGCAGCAGCCUACCACCACAGCAACCUAUCCUCUGCGUUCUCCUCCACACGAGACAAACCCAAAAUUGAGACUUUCAAGCAUGUGGCAUUCAUGGAGCCCAUGAUAAGUGAAGAGGGAAAAAAUGAAUGGGGAACUGAAAGUUGA